GGUAGUCUCCGCGGACACCAAGCAACCUCCCACACUGUCAAGGUGUGUUUGGUGACUGUUUACCUCCGCUGUAGUUUCCGUCAUAAAUUUCCUUAAGCUUCUUUUUUUCCCCAACACGUUCUUUAGUCUGUAUUUCUCUUUUGGACGCUACACAAGUAGCCGUAAGAUUAUUUUUUUUAAUCACUGAGGGGAUCUCCGGGGUUGACUCUCGUCCAGUUGGGGACAUCAUGACUUUUAAAGUGGAAUUUAUUACCUUCUUGGCAUGCGCCGCCAUGCCACUUCUUCUCCACAUUAAAGCAGAUUGCCCUCCUCCACCUACCAGGCUGAAACAUGAGUGGCUUGACCCGUUCACCAUAAAUGUGUCCUGGGAGAAACCCAGCGGUCUGCGGGACGGCAGAGAGAUCAACUACAAAUACAGCCAGAUCAGGAAUGGAGAAUAUAAGUCUGUGGCAGGUACAAAGUUGACACAUUUCACAGACAUUUGCCUAACAGAAGAGCCGGAUUCUGAUAGCUGGACGUACAGCGUUUGGACAGAUGGAAGCCAGACCUGCAACAGUUCCAAUGAGAGCACACGAGUCAACAAAACAUUCACAAACCACAAACCGAGAGCCAAAGUGGUGAAGGACUUCAAAUGCAUCAUUAGCGGCAAUGAGUCAGAAUGCUCCUGGAUCCCAGUGAAUCCCUCUCUGACCCUCAAGCUCUCCUACAGGCUUUGUGGACGUUUUGAGGAACGUUUGAAAGGUUUAAAAAAAUGCACCCAUUUUAACAGCAGUGGAACGAGGAUGGGCUGUCGUUUGAAAGUUGAUGCUACAGAGAAUGACAUCUGUGUCCUGGUGGAGACAGAUGCUGGAAUGAGCACCUUUAAAGCAGCACUACAGAUUCCUUCACCACCAAUGAGCAUCAGAGAAGAGGAAAAUGAACUCAUCCUGACAUGGAAACAUCCAGGGAUUGGGAAAGAUUGUGAAUGGAAAUAUGAAGUCUGCUACAAACGCUGCAACAAAGCUAGGGAGUGUGAGAGCUACAACAUCAAUAAGGAGCGGUCAAUAAAGAUGCCGUAUGAUGAAAGCUGCCGGUAUGAGUUCCAGUCCAGCGUUAAGACUGGUGACAACUGCAAGAGAAUAUCCAGCGACUUAAGUGAAGUUGUCAUUUACGACCAAAAGAAGCUUCCUGAUGUGACGCUGACUGUGGUUGCCAUCGUCAUCCCUAUCAUUCUGUCUGUCUGCGUCUUUCUGUCCUGCUACUGCUUCAGGAGACACAGCGCCAUAAUUUUCCCAAACAUACCAGAUCCAUCAGCGAUCUUCAAGGAAAUGAUGAUGAACGGAAACAAAGAAAUAAAGGCAUCUGGGAGUCUGUACACACCGGUGCCAGAACCCAUUGAACCCUGCAGAAUAUCCCCCGUAACUGAAACCAGCGCCCUCCAACCAAGCAUCUGACUUGUUUGUGUGCUCAGCGAUACCUGCGGUGCAGCUGGACUCAAACUCUGGGUGACCUCGUGAGCAGCGUUUACUGAGGAACCGAACACCAGGCUGAUAAACUCUGUUUCACUGACCUCUUCUGUUUGAUGCACAAAGCAGUGCUGGAGCAGGCAGAUUGAAAAUAUAAAUGUAGAGCCAGUCUCCUACCAGGACUAGUAAAUGAGGUGGAGCUCAUUUAACUACCUUGAAUGUAUUUUUUGGUUUUUGAUUGGUUGUCUGUAUUAUACUUGUAUAUACUGGUGAGUAAUUAUACAUUUUCAUAGGGUUCAAAUGCAAAAAAUAUAAAAUAGUUAAAGUUAAAUGUACUCUCCAGACUACACUUACUGUACAGUUCUUUAGUAUUGCUGCUUGCUCCAACCACCAGAGGUCUGCAAAAACAAGAUUUUUCAGCAAUGUUUACUUUGCCUUCUAAAAAUAUGAGCAUGCAAAGUCAGAUCUGUGCUCAAACGUGGAUCUGCUGGGGGUUUUCAAGGACAGGUCUGUCUGUCUCUGGAGCUACAUUAUGAAUAAAACACCCAGCUAUGGACCCAGAAAUACAGACAGGAAAAAAGGUCUUCCCCUGCUUUGUGCUGAUAUCCUCAUGCUGGACACUGGGGAGGAAGACGAGAACGACUCUGGAUUGUUUGAUAGACUCCAGGGCUGGGAAAGCUACAAGAGGGAGCUGGUGUUUCCCUCCAUAGCUACUGUACCACAUCACAAGGGAAUUAAAAAUGGAGACUUGUGUCUUGAGGUCUUUCUAGGGAGGCAAUUAAAUCGACUCAUGGUGACCGGACAAUAGAAAGGAAGCCAUGGAAGCUUUUUCUUCUUUUGUCUUCCUUAAAGACUGAACAGAAAGAUAAGAACUGCAUGUGCUGACCCUGAAACAAGGAAAGCGGCUUGUUUGGUGUUGGCAUGGACACAAACACUGCCAAAUAAGGAACUAACAGAGCGAGUGUAUGGCAAACAACUCAGGGUCACUGUCCGUGUGAUACUGCCGGGAAUCACUAAGCCCAGUCCAAAACACACACAUAGAGAGAGGCUUGAAUAUUUAAAUAGAAAACAUUGAUGGUAAAGUCUUGAAAAUCUAAUCGAAGAGUAACUGCCCUCACUUUUUCCUUCUGUAAACUUUUGUGACUGUAUUAAAGAAGCAAAACGGUA